AUGGCAAAUCAUAGUGAAGAUCUCUCUCAAUUAAACAUUUCGAUAGAGGAAAAGGACAAGCUUGUUGCAGAAGUGAUCCGCUACGUGCUUUUCAAAAAUCACCAGAAUUCAGGGUGUCCGAUCAAGAGAGAUGAGCUAACACAAAUUGUUACUAAAAACUACAAGCAGCGUACGCUUCCUGCUGUUGUCAUUGAUGAAGCUAAACAGAAGCUUGCCGGCAUUUUCGGAUUCGAAAUGCGCGAGCUUCAAAGGGCUCGCCCUUCCUCAACCAAUCAGGGUCGUGUUUCUUCCCAGCAAAGUGUUGCUGAUGCUAAAUCGUAUGUUCUUAUAAGCCAACUACCUGCUGAUGUUUAUAGGAAAUAUGUUGAGGAUGUAAACACUGCGCAUUUGACUGGUUUUACUUUUGUCGUGAUUAGUAUUGUGCACCUUGCUGGAGGCAAAAUCCCAGAGGAAAAUCUUUGGCAUCACUUGAAGAGAAUGGGAUUAUUUGAAAAUGAUGAAAGUCAUCCUACCCUUGGAAACAUCAAGCAAGCAUUGGAUACGCUUGUCCAGCAAAGAUAUUUGCAGAAAGACAAAAUUAGUGGCCCUGAAGGCAACACUUUGGUUUAUGAGCUAGCUGAGAGAGCUCUAGAUGGACCAGUUUGUGAGAGAGUUAAAGAAUACAUAUCACAGAUUAUGAAAAGAGAUGUAGCCUCUGUGUUCCAUAUCCUGGUAAAUGGAUGGCAACUCAUUUUGAGCGAUGCUUCCAUGCACAUUGCUGUUCCAUCCCCUUGCACUCUAGAAGUUGGAAUUUGCAUCUCCAUGUUAGAGCUGACUGGGGCAAUCAGCAGUUUAUAUUGCCAACUUGCUUUGAUUAUCUAUGUUUUGGGUGACUUGUAUUAG